AUGUGGGAUCACCAUUAUGUUAAACUGCGAGUAAGUUUGGUAAUUGAGUUACACUACGCGCACGGCUACCUGGGCAGCACAUGGCUGUCCCCACUCACCAACACUCGCACCGACCGAUACGGCGGUUCACUAGAAAACCGGAUGCGCUUCGGGUUAGAGACGGCACACAGAGUGCGGACAGUCAUCCCGAAAGAGACCCCACUUUUCGUGCGUAUUUCGGUCACCGAUUACGAGGUCGACGGGGGAUGGGAUGUCACACAGAGUGUGGAGUUCGCCAAACGGCUGAAGGCUAUAGGCGUCGACGCCGUGGACUGUAGUUCCGGUGGAGUCGUCGCGCACGUAGACUACGGGCCCUUAAAUACGCCGGAAGUGCAGCACAAGGCGUCGGCUACUAUACAACGAGAGGCCGGUAUCCCGACGGCAGCCGUCGGCAAAAUAGUCCAUCCCUUUCAGGCGGAAAGGCUAUUGCAGGGUAACAGUGCGACACUUAUAUUCAUCGGUAGGGCGUUCCUCAAUAACCCCCACUGGGCUUAUGGUGCCGCCGAUGCGUUGGCAAACCCCGAGUCGUUUAAAUAUCCCGAUCCCCACGACUGGUUUAUCGGUUGGAAAGCCUUUUAUAAAUGGCGACAAGACUUACAUACGUAUGUCAUAUUAGCCAUAACUUUGGAGGACUACGCGAAUGGCGAUUAUAUACCGCGCUAUCAAUCGUGA